CCGGUCUCCUUUCCAUUGUCAGACUACCAUUAUUGAGCCAACAUGGAUACCGAUUUGUAUGAAAUUUUGGGCCUUGAUUCGUCUGCCACUGCGGCGGAAAUCAAGAAAGCGUACCGGAAGCUAGCAUUGCAAUACCAUCCAGACAAAGCCGCUGAGGGGGAGAGAGAGGAGUCUGAGUUGAAGUUCAAGGAGAUCUCUAGCGCUUACGAAAUCUUGAGCGAUGAGGCAAAGCGCGAUGCUUAUGAUAACCGUGGGUCGUACCACGACUACAGUCAGGGCGGCCACGGCUCCGAUACCCCUAACGAUUAUGGUCCCCAGGACUUUUUCAACUUUUUCAACGGAAUGAACGGCAGCGUGCCACAGGGGCAAGCGCCACAGCGUUCCGCAAAGACGGAAAAUGCCGAGUUGGAUGUACAGGUGUCGUUGGAAGACUUGUUCAAGGGCAAAACCAUCAAAAUUACAUCCGCCAGAAACAUCAUUUGUGACAAGUGCCAUGGUACCGGUGCCAAGUCUCACGCCAAAACCAAAACCUGCUCCAUCUGUGCCGGUAAGGGUAGCGUGGAGAAAAUUGUCCGCGUCGGGCCGGGUAUGGUGUCGAGGCACUACUCCGAUUGCGUCAAUUGCAAGGCGACGGGUAAGAUCUUCAGAACCAAGGACAAGUGCAAGAAGUGCGACGGGAACGCAUUGGUUGAGGAAACCAAAAUUCUCGAGUUUGUGGUAAAGAAGGGGUCUAAGAACGGUGAGACGGUUGUCUUGAACGGUGAAUCAGAUGAGGCGCUCAAUAAAAAGGCCGGCGACGUCAUCUUGACCGUGUUGGAAAAGCCGCACGACACGUUUGCGCGCAAGGGUGACGAUUUGUUCUACAACCUUAAGAUCACGUUGACGGAGGCGUUAUGUGGGUUCUCCAAGGUUGUGUUGAAGCAUCUCGACGGUAGAUCCUUGAAGAUUACCACACCUAAGGGCAAGGUCUUGAGGCCGGGGCACGUGUUGAAGGUGCCGAAGGAGGGGAUGCCGAUCAAGGACAGUUACUUCGGAGGCAGGGGCGACUUGUACAUUUUGUUGGAUAUUGAGUUUCCUCAAGAUAAUUGGUUCUUGGAGAAGAACGAUUUGGAUAGAAUGAGCGACUUGUUACCGGAGACGUUGUUUAGUAAAAGACCGAAGCUAGAGGCUGUCGAUGCCGCCACCCAGGAGGUUGAUUUUGUGGUAAUCAAGGAGAGUGAAUUGCCGGAUAUCAUUGAAGAGGAGUACGAGGAUCACGGCAAUGAACAGUACUACGAGCAGUACGGCGGUUCCGAGCCCCAAUGCCAGGCCCAGUAAGGACAUGUAAAUAGUAAUGCCAUUAAGGUGGAAAAAAGGCCGAAUAGAGGACAUUAUACGUAAAA